AUGGCGGCGGGGCAGUGGUCAGGCAUCGGCGACGGCGGCGGCCUCUGGGCCCCGCCCGCGCUCGACAGCCUCUUCCCCGACGACCAGCCGUCGCCAGCCGCCUCGGCGCUGGGCUUCUUCGGUGGAUCCCUCGCGCAGCUCCCUUCCCCUCCGCCGCUCUGCGGCACCGCGCUCCUCGGGUACCCCCAGGACAACUUUGAUGUGUUCCAUGAACAAGACCUAGCACAGCUGGCAGCACAAGUAGCUCAAAAGAAAGAGUUGCGGGAAAAACAAGGGGCGGGAUUGCAUCACAAGAUUGGACCUCAACUAGCUUUUUCUAAAUACAGUAUACUUGAUCAAGUGGACAACUCUUCUUCUUUCUCAUUGGCAACUUCAGUGCUGACACCUCAGCAUGUCAGUUCUUCCGUAGGCGCGGCAUCAAUGCAGGGACAGACUUUGCCAUCACACACUGGUAGUGGUAGUGUCAACACUGGACCAACUGGAGUUUUACAAGUGCUCCAAGAUUCAUCCACCACUCUGGACAGUAUCAACACUGGAUCAACUGGAGUUCUGGAAGCACUCCAAGGUUCAUCCAUCACUCUGGAUAGACCUGCUGAUGAUGGAUACAACUGGCGUAAGUAUGGACAAAAGGCAGUCAAGGGUGGGAAGUAUCCAAGGAGCUAUUACAAAUGUACCCUGAAUUGCCCGGUCAGGAAAAAUGUAGAGCACUCUGCAGAUGGACGAAUUAUUAAAAUAAUUUAUAGAGGUCAGCACUGCCAUGAACCCCCCUCAAAGAGGUUUAAAGAUUGUGGUGAUUUAUUGAAUGAGUUAAAGGAUUUCAAUGAUGCCAAGGAGCCUUCAACUAAAUCACAAUUAGGUUGUCAAGGUUAUUAUGGAAAACCUAUAACGCCAAAUGGAAUGAUGACGGAUGUUUUAUUGCCAACGAAGGAAGAGGGGGAUGAGCAAUUAUCUAGUUUAAGUGAUAUCCGGGAAGGCGAUGGUGAAAUAAGAACUGUUGAUGGAGAUGAUGGUGAUGCCGAUGCAAAUGAAAGGAAUGCACCAGGUCAAAAGAUUAUCGUGAGUACAACGAGCGAUGUUGAUCUUUUGGACGACGGCUAUAGGUGGCGCAAGUAUGGACAGAAAGUGGUGAGAGGAAAUCCUCACCCAAGGAGCUAUUACAAGUGCACUUACCAAGGAUGCGACGUCAAGAAGCAUAUCGAGAGAUCUUCCGAGGAACCACAUGCUGUGAUAACUACAUACGAAGGGAAGCAUACGCAUGACGUGCCUGAGUCUAGGAACAGAAGCCAAGCCACAGGUCAACACCACUGCAAAGAGCAGACUUAUUCAGAACAAUCAGCUGCAAGCUUCUGCAGUAGCUCGGAAAAGAGAAAAUACGGAACAGCCAUUCUGAACGAUCUCGCCUUCUAG